AUGCGAUGCAACGCCGCCGCGUCCUUGGUAAAAACACAAGUUGUUCCGGAGCAACAUUAUUUUACUAUUGUAUCCAAUGCAGCAUCAAACGUAAACGCGCCUAAAAGUUAAAACAUACGCAUUCAUACAUAUAAUCGUAACAUCACGAUAACAUCAGCAGCAGCAAACACACACAACAACAACAACGACGAAGAUGAACAACUUCACACGAACGCUGCGCCGGGUGAGCGCGAGGUUCACGGUCUCCGGCGCAGGGGGCCUCCCUCGGCUAGUCGCCCCGCGGGGCUGCCGUUCGCCUUCGCGGGCGGAGUCCGGCGGGGCGAGCCGUAGGCCCCAAGCGGUGUCCACGGGCGGUGCACCUUGCCUGGUACUGGGCUUGGAAACGAGCUGCGACGAGACGGGGGCGGCGGUCCUGUGCGCUCGGAGCGGCGCGCUGCUGGGCGAAGCCCUCCACUCGCAGAAGGAGGUUCACGUGAGGAAUGGUGGCAUCAUCCCGACGCUGGCGCAGCAGCUGCACAGGGAGCACAUUGCUGGAGUGGUGCAGGAGGCGUUGAGGGCUAGCGGUACAAGCCUCUGCCACCUGCACGCCAUCGCCACCUCCGUACGGCCCGGCCUGGCGCUCUGCCUGGCCGUGGGGCUGGAGCACAGCGCCCUGCUGCUGGAGCGCGCCGGCCCGCACGCCAAAUUCAUCCCAAUCCACCACAUGGAGGCCCAUGCACUGACAGUGCGGAUGAUGCAGCAAGUGGAGUUCCCAUUUCUGGUGCUGCUUGUGUCAGGUGGGCACUGUCUGCUUGCUGUAGCGCGAGGGGUCGAUGAUUUCCUCCGGCUCGGGCAGACGCUGGAUGAGGCACCUGGAGAUAUCUUCGACAAGGUUGCCAGGCGUUUAUCACUGCAUAAUAUUUCAGAGCUCUCUGCAAUGAGCGGUGGUCAAGCCGUGGAGCACAUCUCAAAAGAUGGGAACAGAAUGGCGUUUCAUUUUAAACAUCCUCUUGAAAAGUACAGGGACUGUAACUUUUCAUUUUCCGGACUUCGCACCCAAGUCAGCCAAACAAUAAAGCAAAAGGAACUUGAAGAGGGAAUUAAAGAAGGACAAGUAUUAGAGUGUGCCAGUAGCAUCGCAGCAGCUACUCAGUACACUGUGGCAGCACACAUCGCGAAGCGCACCCAUCGUGCAAUGGUGUUUUGUCUGCAAAACUCCCUCAUCCCUACGGACAAUCCAACAUUGGUGGUGUCAGGUGGUGUGGCAAGCAACAGCGUCAUAAAGGAAGCUUUAGGGCAUGUGGCUACUGCUGUUGGAUUCACUGUCAUCUGUCCUCCCCCACAUCUCUGCACCGACAAUGGCAUCAUGAUCGGAUGGAAUGGUGUAGAGAGACUGCGUGCCAAUGUCGGGAUACUUCCAAAUACAAGUGGCAUUCGAUUUGAGCCCAGGUCUCCCUUAGGAGUGGACAUUUCUGAACAAGUAUCAAAUGCUUCAAUCCGUGUGCCAUUGGUUAAUCUCAAAAUAUAAUAUACUUAAAAUAAAACUAGAAGUACAUGAUCUAACAUUUACUUUGGAGUAUGGAUUGUUGUGAUUCUCUACUGUAAUACAUUUUUUAAAAUUCCAUCUCGUGUAUUUUAUUUAAAGUAUAUUGUUACAUGUCAUACAUAUAGCACCAUUAGCCAACAGAAUUGGUCAUAUCGGCUAUGGGGAUGGCACAAAUGAGCUGUAUUGUUGGUCUUUUCUGCACUUUGUGAAAUGCCUUGUAGAAAAAAGACAAGGCUAGUGUGGCACACUAAUCAUUCCCUGGGGUUAAGGGGGGUCCCUAUGAAUAGCAUUUAACCUUUCAACAACGCUAAGGCAAACAUUCACUCCAAGUACUGCGGGAAUGAGUGGGGAAUGAACAUUUAAAGGACUCAUUGACAAGACAAAACCGCAGAGCAUUGCAAAUGACAUGGAUUCUGUGGCAGUGCUUUUAACUUCCCGUGCCAAUUAUUAGACAACGGUCAGUAGGUGGCAUCACAGAGAAUGCAAUUGUUCGUGAACAGUGCGAAACUUGCUCAGUGCACACGCAGGUGCUAAGUGGAUCGUUACUUUACAGUAUUGCAAGAUGUCUACAGCUUGGGAAUGUCUUUAUCCAACAGUACUGACAGCUGCUGCUGAUAAAGCUUGCUAGUGAGGCGUGUUCAGGGCAAUGCAGAUCCCUGGGUUUGAUCUUCCACAAACUUCAUGGUCUACGCUUAACCGCAUCUGCGCAAACCAUCGCAGAUGCGAAUACCUGAUCCACAAAUUGACAAUUAAAAACUAUUCAGUGUGCGACUGGUCAUCCAGAACAAACCAUACAUUUAACGACAAAAUGCCCGAUCCUGACACGGUUAUUUGGCUCGACUACUUGGAUGUGAAAUAGUUGCUCUGCAUCUAAUCAGCCAUUUGAAAGACGACUCCUGGAGCUGCUUACCUAGGGAUGGGCGUUGUAAACCUUCCCACGGCUUUCAAAAGUGCCAUUAUUGCAUUGGAUCAGCUACUCACGUUUCUCUCUCCACGUGCAUCUAUUGUGCUUCAAAAGAACUGACUCAAAAAAAAUUGUUUGCACCCGAUAUGCAAAAUCGCAAAAAUUAUGAAACCAGACGGGGUUGACUUUAAUCAGAGCUUUUUUAAUGUGAAGCAUACUUAGUAUACUGCCUGCAGUUUUAAAGGAUAUUAGGGUGCAAUAUUGUGCAUGUUCUGUUUAUGUAUGAAAUAAAAGCUGUCCAUUUUUUUAUA